GUGAGAAUCACGUGAGGCAGCGCCUGCGCAGAAGGGUCACGUGGUGGCUGGGCCGGGGAAAUGGCGGCUUCAGGAGAGAGCGGGGCUUCGGCCGGCGGAGGCAGCACAGAGGAAGCAUUUAUGACCUUUUACAGUGAGGUGAAACAAAUAGAGAAGAGAGAUUCAGUUCUGACGUCCAAAAAUCAGAUUGAAAGAUUGACCCGUCCUGGUUCCUCUUAUUUCAACUUGAACCCAUUUGAGGUUCUUCAGAUAGACCCGGAAGUGACAGAUGAAGAAAUAAAAAAGAGGUUUCGGCAGUUGUCCAUAUUGGUGCAUCCUGACAAAAAUCAAGAUGAUGCUGAUAGAGCACAAAAGGCUUUUGAAGCUGUGGACAAAGCUUACAAGUUGCUACUGGAUCAGGAACAAAAGAAGAGGGCCCUGGAUGUAAUUCAGGCAGGAAAAGAAUACGUGGAACACACUGUAAAAGAGCGGAAAAAACAAUUAAAGAAGGAAGGAAAACCUACAAAUGUAGAGGAAGAUGAUCCUGAGCUGUUCAAACAAGCAGUAUAUAAACAGACCAUGAAACUCUUUGCUGAGCUGGAAAUUAAAAGAAAAGAGAGAGAAGCCAAAGAGAUGCAUGAAAGGAAACGACAAAGGGAAGAGGAGAUUGAAGCUCAAGAAAAAGCCAAACGAGAAAGGGAAUGGCAGAAAAACUUUGAGGAAAGUCGAGAUGGUCGGGUGGACAGCUGGCGAAACUUCCAAGCAAAUACAAAGGGGAAGAAAGAGAAGAAAAAUCGGACCUUCCUGAGACCACCGAAAGUAAAAAUGGAGCAGCGUGAGUGACCCUCCUGGGUCACAGCCACAGAAGCUUCCCCCAGCUCUCUCCUUCCUGCUCUGAAGGACUCAUUCUUUUCCUCCCACCUCCACCCCAACAUAGAAUAGUUUUGCUUUUUAGUCCAUUUUGUUUUCAAUACAAUUUAAUAUCGAUCAGAAUAAUUCUUUUGUACAUUGAAAUGAGGGGCUCUGUUUAAAAAAUACUCCCCCCACCCGUUACCCUUAGAACAACCAGGAUUGGAAGGUGCCACCAUUGGUGCUGCCUUCUUUCCCACAGCCUGUAACUUAAUGUUUUGUACUUCACUGAAUUGUGAUGGUUAGAAACUCCAUAGUUUGUGGAAAUCAUCCAAUUAAACAUAUUGCUUACAGUGGUGUUGCUGUGACUUCAGAGACAAGACUGGGCUGCAUUAGGAAGCCCCUUUGCCUCAGUUCUUGUUUCUGGGUGUGCCAUCUCUUGAAGCCCCGGAUCAGAAAAGGAAGGCAGUGUGGGCAUACAGAGCAGUCGCUUGAUGCCCUGAAGUCCUCUUGUAUUUGGCAUGUGCCCUUCUGUCUGACUGACCAAUCAGCAUGAAGCACUGAGCCACUUAUAAACCUGUUCCAAAGAGCUAGCCAUCUUCCAUCCAGUACCAUUGUGUCCUAGCCUGUCUGCAUUCGUUAGUGGUAAUAUUCUUUAUGUAUAAUAAAUUUUUAUACCCAAACCA